GAGGAAAGUAAGGCGCGUAUAGAGGCGCAAAAGCUGAAAAGAGACGAAGAAAGACGUAGACGUCAAGAGAUGAUUGCGGGCUCGUUAGGUGUGACUUCAGGCGUGAAUGCUGAGAAGGGAGCAGGACGCAAUUUUGUGGUGCAGAAACGUGAGCACGGUGAAAGUUUCGCGAGUAAAGCUCAGCAACAAGAAAAAUCGAAAGCAGAAAUGGAAGCUGCGAAGAAGGCGUUCAUGGCAGCAAUUAGCCGUAAGCAAGAUGUGUCUGAGAUAUUGGUCAACGAUCUAAAACAGAAGAUAACAUUCUUGUAUCAACGCAUAUGUAAACUUGAGGCUGAAAAAUACGAUUUAGAAAAGAGGCAAGAACGUCAAGAUUACGAUUUGAAAGAACUGCACGAACGUGAGAAACAAGUGGCCCGCAACAAGGCACUCCAGAAAGGUUUAGACCCCGAUGAGGCUAUCGCGUCGCCACACCCGGUAAUUAAUGCAUUCUGUAUUGCCGUGAGUUUAUUCUACUUGAAUCGAUUUGAAACUUUUGAAUUAGCACAUGGUACUGCCCGACCUCCACCGGAAUGGGGACGUAUGGAGACCGAAGAGCUGGAACAACUUCGUAAAAUGCUUGAGCCACCAAAAUACAUUGAACAGGUCAAGGUUGAAGGUGCACGACCACCUGUCGAACCCAAACCCCUCGUACUGCCAACAGACGAAGACGAAGCCGACCAACCGCCCGCUGUUCCAACGAAAACAACGCACAUCCCGUUGUCUUGUUCACUGCACGGUAUCAACACCCAUCCGUUGUAUCGUUUCUCGUCUUUGAUCACAAACACAACCCAUCCUAGAAUAUUCGCGUUCUUUUUACAUCUGAGACUCAGAUCCGAAGAAGAGGGUGAGGAAGAAGAGGAGGUGGCUGAGGAAGAGCACGAAGAAGAGGGAGAAGACGAACAGGAAGCCGAGCAAGCAGCUGAAGAUCAUGCAGGUGAAGCCACGAAGACACGAGCUGCAGUGCAGCAAGAAUCGAAUGAAGCGGACUUGACCGAAGCCGAGAAAGCAAUGCUGGCUUGUCAAGUGUACGACAAAGACUCGUUGAUGCAUACCUAUGCACGACUUACAUUUUCACCUCUAACGCAGAUCAGUGACAUUUUUGAUGAACAUAUCAAUAGCAUGAUUAUCAAUAAGCGUACUGAUAAUGCUUUGACAGCAGCCAAGAAACGUCAAGAAGAGGAAACAGCUGCAAAAAUUCAAGAUUAUGAAGAACAACGACGUCUUGAGAGGGAGCGAGAGGAGGAGGAAUUGAGGCAACUGAAGGAGAAACAAGAAAGAAGGAAACUGGAACGAGAGGAAGAGGAGCGAGAGUUCGCUGAAAGACGUAGACAGGAGGAGGAACGACACAGACAAGAGGAGGAGGAGAGGAGAGCUAAAAUUGAAGAGGAGAAACGAAAAAAAGAGGAAGAAAAGAAGAAACGACAGCAGCUAGCGAGCACAUUUGCUGGAACGCCUGGACAGACUGGCGGACGAAAUUUUGUCAUUCCAAAAAAGACGAGCGAUAAUGCAACCGAAAAAUUCGGUAACAUUGUACAGGCAAAACAAGAGAUGGGUAUGACGAAAGAACAACAAGAGGAAGCGAAAAGGAAUUAUUUGGAAUCAGUCCGUAAGACACUCGAUUUUUCAUCACUUUCGCCAGCUGAUCUUAAAGAGAAAAUUCGGCAAAUUCAUCAGCGUAUAUGUCGUCUCGAAGCGGACAAAUACGAUUUGGAGAAACGACACGAACGACAGGAAUACGACUUACGUGAAUUGAACGAACGUCAAAGGCAAGUGGCUCGUAAUAAGGCCUUGCAAAAAGGUGUUGAUCCGGCUGAUACGAAUUCACGCUACCCGGUAUUUCUUCGUCAUCAAUUCUUUGUCAUUCUUCCUCUGUUCCUCUAA